UCUCCUAAGGUGAAAAAUACCAAAAAAGUUAUUAUGAUAAACCACAAACGGAUUAUGAACAACAAACUAGAAAAGGAGCCCCCCUCCCUUUCUUGCAACCUCCGUUACGUAAGCCUUUUCAGCAUGCAAACUCAGUUUACAUUGGUAAUUGUACCCUGGGGAUUAUGCAAAUGACAGUAUACAAGAAUUUACACUUAUUCCACCCCAUCAGUCUACUCGAGGCAGCGUAAGCGUAGAGGUUGGCUCCUGAAAGCCACGAAGUCAGCCUGAUGCAAAGUGUCUCACACGCGUGCUAAUGAGCACGAAGAUGACUCGGAUCCUGUCCACGGAAAGAGAUUGCUUGAGUUGCCCCGGUUUGUCAAUUGAGUCAUGCUCGUCAUCAAUUAGGGCAAGUAACUGCCAGGUUCAAUUUCUCCCAAGUCGUAGAUAUUAGUACGAUCGUGGGUCAGAUUCUUUGAGGAGGAGAGCUGGUCACUCAAAGACUUCAAAACACGUGUGCGAAUAAAGAACAGGAUUUCUAGCCACCCUAAUUACUAGCUCACGAUGAUAGGGUCUUCGGCUACAUUUCUGUCUCAUAAGAAGUCAGCCUGGAUCUCUGCGUUCUAACACAGAGGCACCACACGGGGUCUCGUGGUGUUCGUACGGUUCUCCCGGAAGAGAACGGCAUCUCGAUCGAAGAUUUCACAUGAAACUCUCUUGAUCCCUUAUAAGCGGAAAAGAACACAAUUCUUUCGUCACUGUGUCAAGCUUGAUAGAUUCAAAUGUUUUCAUCAUGUUUGGCGGUUUUUGGGUUUUGAAAUGACGUUUGAACGGUUUUCCGGUUUCUAGGAAGGCCCCCCAAAAAUUAAUGCCUCUCUCUUGAGGUUUCGAGUGGGAUUCAACCGUAGCAGAAACAAAAAAGAUUUUUAAGUGGCCCUCUUAAGUCUAAGGAGUUGUGACCUACAGCGUUUCUAUUUGCAAUGCAGUUGCUAAUUUUCAUAUUCUAUACCAAUUUGAAUAAUUACGUCUUCCUCAAGCGUAAAAGCCACAGUUCUCAUCAAUUCUAAUUCCUCAACAGGGAAUUAACCAGACUGUAAUGAAGCUUUAGAUGAAUUCAAAGGGGACUGUUGAAAGAAAAACUCAUCCAGAGCAGAUACAUUCCUAUUUCAAUUAUGAUGUUCGUCAACAACAGCUCAGAAGUCUCUCUCAGUGCUGAGCAGAAUGGAAUGUGUUUGCUGCCGAUUGAUUUUAAGGCUAUGACGAUAACGUAUGCUUCUAUAUACAGCGUCCUUUUGAUUGCUUCACUCAUUGGGAAUUCCCUGCUUAUCUUCGCCUCUCUGAAAUCAACUAUCACAAUGAAUCUGUUGAUAGCCAACAUAGCUGCUUCAGAUCUCUUGUUCUCCAUAGUUCACUUUCCUCGUGAGAUCGUGACUCAGAUGAAAGGCUCGACGGCUUUUCUGGUCCAUGGGUGGAUUGGAUCGGUGCUCUGCAAGAUAGCUGCCUUCACUACUGAUGUUACCAUUGCGGUGUCCACACUGUCCUUGAUUUUGGUUGCCGCUGACAGGUUGGUGGCAGUUGUAUUUCCAAGCCAUUAUCGUCGAAUCACUGUCAAAAAGCGACGGUUUCUCAUCCUUUGCACUUGGAUUGUAGCAAUGGCAAUUCAUUCUCCAUAUUUCUACACUUUCCGUUUGGAAACAGAAAAUGGUAAUGUUGUAUGCGUCUCAAACUGGGAGCCGGCCUUCAAUCAUGAGUCAACACAUACCCGCUACUACACUGCGUUACUAGUAACUGUUCUGAUUGUGCCGCUGAUAACAGUGUGCGUACUUCAGACCAUAACGCUGUUGAAACUACGGAACGACGAAAUGGAGUCUUUUCGUACCCCCAUUGCCAAUAAACGACACAAGAAGAGAAACAAAAUGCUGCUGAAGAUGUCUGUAGUGAUCGCUUCGGCCUUUGCAUUGUGCUGGCUACCUUUUAUUGCUUUUCAGUUUAUUCUUCUUUUCUUUCCGAGUUCAUUUCCAAAUUGUAGUUUAGGUUUUACAAUAUUUACUCAGUUUGCCAUUCUUUUUUCGUUGUGUCAUUGCAUAGUGAAUCCAUGUAUUUGCUUUACUUUUAUGCGCCAGAUUCGGGGUGGGCUAAAAUUCAUAAGGUAAAGAGACACGGGAAGGAAACAGUCUUUUGACAGUUUAAUGACAUUUACAUUUCGUCUACUUGAACCAGGCCACCUAGAAGAAAACUAGUCAAUCAAAACGUAAACUGGAAACAAUGGAUUAGUAUCCUUUUUCGUGAGGGCAAGUAAGGGUCUGUUUGACAUACUGUACAUAAAUACUAUCGACUUCUCUAUCGACCACUGUUGAAAAGCGCACAAGCGGGAUUCCAAUUUUGGUUAUAGAACUAUUGUUUGUUCUACAAUAGACCUUUCCCGCAUUCCACUUCAAUGCGUACGAAUAAUAGCACCACAGCGAGGUUGGGGUGGACAUUUU